AUGUGGCAUUUCCGAGUCCUACGAGGAGCAUUCUUCCAAAUCUAUCGACAACCUAAACAAAUACCUCCCAAACACCUCUUCGCACCUCUUGUAACAGAAUCGUACAACACCCCCUACGACUGCGACUACAACAUUCACAAAUCCAACUCCACCUACUUCGCCGACCUCGACGUCUCCCGCGCCCACCACGUAAGCGCCAUCAUCCGUACCGGCCUUGCUAGACUAAACGCAGGCGAUCAAGACGGCCUUCCAGAUUCCACGAAGCAAGCAAAGGGAAGCUAUGUAGUAGCUCUGGGUGCCGUAAACUGUUACUUCCAACGUCAAAUCGAACCUCUUCAAAGAUUCGAAAUUUUCACACGAGUGCAGAGUUGGGACCGGAAAUGGUUGUAUGUUGUGUCGCAUAUUGUCAAAAAGGGAGCGAUCAAACCGGAUUCAUAUGUUUUGCAACCCUGGAAGAAUAAGAAGGGAGGUGCUGCGGUGGCGAAGAAGAGAGAGGAGGAGGAUCUCACAAAGUAUAUCUUUGCGACUAGUUUGUCGAGAUACGUUUUUAAGAAGGGGAGGCUCACAAUCAACCCGGAGAUUAUUCUGGAGAGGUCGAGAUUAUUGCCCCCGAGACCCGAGGGUGUUGGAUAUCCGCCACGGACAGAGGCGUCAGGUACUGGGACUCCAGGCACCCCAGCAACUCCAGCCCGGGGUGGUGAGGCGGAGAAUAUGAGUAAUGAGUUGAGAUCUAGACUGGCUGGGGUGAGCAAGGGUGCUGGAGGUGACGAUGAUUGGACGUGGGAUGACAUGGAGAAGGAGCGUUUAAGAGGAUUGGAAUUGGCGAAUCACUUUGAAGCUCUCAGUGGUGUACAUGGCGAACUUCGAGGCGGCGAUGUCUUGGGCAAAUUCGGGGAUUAUUGGUGA